AACUGACACUGACAGAUAUAGGUUAGACUUAUCAGAUGAUGUUGUUCCUGUUGUUGACAAGUUUAAGUUUAAAGUUCAAUGUCCAACUCCAACUUGGUUUUUUGGUAGUAAUAUAAAAUAAUCACUUUUAUUCCACUUGUUGAUCGAGACAGAGAUUUCAUUUUAUUUUUAAAAUGUCAGACUUAAGAUUCGACGGACGUGUGGUAGUUGUCACAGGAGCUGGAGCUGGAUUAGGAAGAGCCUAUGCUCUACUUUUUGCUUCUAGAGGAGCUAAAGUUAUUGUUAAUGACUUAGGAGGAGGAAGACAUGGAGAUGGCAGCUCUUCCAAAGCCGCUGAUACUGUGGUAGAAGAAAUUAAAAGAAAUGGUGGCACUGCUGUUGCAGACUAUAACUCUGUAGUCGAAGGUGAAAAGAUAGUGAAGACUGCAAUCGAUAACUUCGGUCGUAUCGACGUUUUGAUCAACAACGCCGGAAUUUUGAGAGAUAAAAGUUUUGCUAAGAUAUCUGAUCAAGAUUGGGAUUUGGUUCAUAAUGUACAUCUGAAAGGUAGUUUUAAAGCAACCCAAGCUGCUUUUCCGUAUUUUAAAAAACAAAACUAUGGCCGAAUUAUUAUGACAUCUUCCAAUUCUGGAAUUUAUGGAAACUUUGGGCAAGCAAAUUAUUCUGCCGCCAAAUUAGGUUUGGUUGGUUUGGCGAACACAAUAGCCAUUGAAGGAGCUAAGAAUAACGUUUAUUGUAACGUGAUCGUUCCAACAGCAGCUAGCAGACUUACUGAAGACAUUUUACCACCAGAUGUCUUUGCUCAAUUAAAACCUGAACUUAUUGCUCCAGUAGUGGCUUAUCUCUGUCAUGAAAGUUGCCAGGAAAACGGUUCAAUUAUAGAAUCAGCUGCUGGUUGGGCUGGUCGAUGUACUAUAGUUAGAUCAAAUGGUGCCCUAUUACGUAAAAAUCUCGCCGAUGGCGUUUCUUUAGAAAACGUUAGGGAUAAUUGGGAAGCUGUUAGAGACAUUUCCAAUGCUAAGAGGUUAGAAAAUAUGCAGGAAGUAACCAUGGCUUUAGUGACGUCCUUUACAAAUGAAGAGUCCGGAGGAAAUGCUGAAGUUUCCGACGUGUUUAAUUAUUGUUCUAAGGACACUAUUUUAUAUGCAUUAGGAGUCGGUGCUUCAGUUGCAACUAAGGACGAACUCAGGUACCUGUACGAAAACCAUGAAGACUUUUCAGUUUUACCAACCUUUUUCAUCAUGCCUGCUAUGCAAGUUUUAUUUACUAAUCCAUUCGGUGAUAUUAUUCCUGGUAAGCAAGUUAGUCUUGAAAAUAUUCUCCACGGCGAACAGUACAUUGAAAUUUUUGGCGACGUACCUCUAGAUGGCAAACUUACAUCGAAGAGUAAGGUUGUAGACGUUUUGGACAAAGGAUCAGGAGCAGUUAUUAUUAAUGAUGUUGAAACAUUCGAUAAUAACGGCAAUUUAAUAUGCCGCAACCAGAUUGUAAGUUUUGCAGUUGGUGCAGGAAACUUCGGUGGCCCAAGAACAAGUGCAAAAUUGGUUCCAUGUCAAGAUAAACCCAAUAGAAGUCCCGACGCAUCACUUUCACAUAAAACCAACUUGGAUCAAGCAGCUCUUUAUAGAUUGUCAGGAGAUUACAACCCUCUACACAUCGAUCCAAAUAUGGCUAAGGUAGUAGGUUAUGACGUCCCUAUUCUACAUGGACUUUGCACUAUGGGAAUUUCAGUGAGGCUAGUAUUGAGCGCAUACGCUAGUCACGAUACAUCAUUAUUUAAAGCUGUUAAGGCUCGUUUUGUAAAACCUGUUCUACCUGGUCAAACCCUCAAAGUAGACAUGUGGAGAGAAGGUAACAGAAUUCAUUUUGAAACUUCCGCUGUUGAAAGCAACCGUAUUGUAAUUGCGGGUGCCUACAUAGACCUUAAAUCUGUCAAACCUAACGAAUCCACAACAGCAACUUUAAAAUCACUCAGUAUGUCCAACUUAAAAAGUGACGCUAUCUUCGAAUUUAUCAUUGACCAAGUCAAGGCUGAUCCCAGCAAAGCCAAAUCUGUUGGUGGAGUCUUCUUGUACAAUAUUACAAAGGAUGGCAAACAAGUUAAACAAUGGACCAUGGAUUUGAAAAAUGCUAAGGUCUUUGAAGGAAAACCUGAAGGCAAACCGAACACAACCUUGACCAUCUCAGAUGAUGAUUUCAUGCAAAUGGCUGAAGGAAAACUUAACCCUCAACAAGCUUUCAUGAAGGGAAAACUCAAGGUCACCGGAAACAUCAUGUUGGCACAAAAAUUAGCACCUCUUCUUAAGACCAAUGCUAAACUGUAAACGUCACUUUAAAUUAAGUUUAAAAUGAAUAUUUCUGUUAAACUAUUUUUUUACGUUGUGUCUGGUAUAGCAAUGCGAGGUGAUUGUUAAAAAUUAUAUUUUUUUGGUUAAGCUGUUAUCUUUAUUUUAGCAGAUUUUUACACUUUUUGUCUAAGGGAACUGAUGUUUUAUAUUAUACAUUUUAUAUAUUACUUGAAUAUAUAAAUUUAAAAUAGA